AUGCCGCGACAAAAAUUCGCAAUCGCAGAUUUAACGUGCCCGGUAUUACGGAAGUUGCUGCGCGACCGGGAGUUGAGAUCGGCCGGGCGAAAACCGGAUUUAGUGAAGCGGUUGAUCGACAGUGAAGGUAGCGAUGAAAUCGAAUUGUCCGACAAUGAAAUCGAGGACAAUGACGACGACCUUCGACAGACGGUUUCCGCUUUGGUGGAAAAUGUGGCGUCAAUAAUGGCGGCCAUUAAAAAUGGCCAAGUCGGUGUACCACCCGUACCACCUGUUCCACCCGUUCCAUCAGCUGUCCUACCCCAGGACGACGAUGCUAUUGCCGAAGCCCAUCAUCAACGCACACCAUUCAAUAUUACCGCACCGACUCAUUCAACGGCUUUCGGCGAUAUCGAGCCGACACUACGACGGCGCAACGAGACGAUGACGUCAACCGACCGCGGAAUACCCGAACAAUUCAUCGACCAAAUUGAAAAAUUGGCUCAGGUAUAUCACUGGGAGGAACACCUCGUUCUGUUUGCCGCUCAGGCUAAGUUGAAAGGCCCGGCUAAACGAUGGAUUGACGGAUUGCAAACGACGUUUGCAACGUGGGAAGAAUUCUCCAAAGUGCUAAUUGCAGAUUUCCCCAGUCGAUUUACGACAGAAGAUAUGCGACAGCGGCUCGAUAGCAGCCGUCGCGCACACAACGAAACAACCGAAGAAUAUUUUUUCCGCGUCUGCGCAAUGGGACGACGGGCGAAGCUUGACGACGAAACGAUCGUGUAUUACAUACGACGAGGGCUUUGUAUGAAACCAUUACAAACUGCCAUAGCCACGAUGCAUUUCAACACGCCGAGCGAAAUGCUAGUGGCCAUACGACGAUUUGUAGCGAACGAUCCGGGAACGAACGAUAGUUCCAAUAGCGUUCGGGGUGAACGAACGAAUAUACUCCGAUCGCCGCCGCUGCUGAAUGCUGCAAAUCAAAACUCGAGGCUAUAUCACAAUUGUUUCGAAAGAGGGCAUUUGUCGUUGAACUGUCCGAAGCUGCAACGAAGACCACGAUGCGUGAAAUGCAAUAGAACUGGCCAUGCGCAGAAUGACUGCCCGACAGCCGCGCGAACAGAAGCCAACCGCCGAGAGACAAUAAAUUGUAUAGCACAACACACAGACAAGAAAUUGCUAACGAAGACAGUGGAAAUAGGCGACGAUGAAUUUGAGUGUAUUGUGGACUCAGCAAGUAGCUGUUCUUUGAUCAGACAGUCUGAGGCUCAACGAAUUGGACAGAUUAAACAAUUCAACCCAGCACAACAACUUAAAGGGUUCGGUGGAGCUGUAUACCUUUGCAAUAAGAAAAUAAUUACAACAAUCAGAAUUGAGGACGUGAUACUGGAGGGAGUUUUGUAUAUCGUGGACGACGAGCAGAUGGAUAAGCCGAUACUCAUUGGAACCGAUAUUCUACUGCGAGAAGGUAGGUGCUGCACAAUUCGUGGUCGUGAAUUUAAAAUGAAAUCGGAAUUCGAGAACAUACGAACCGGACCAAUAUCAUCAAUCGAUAAAGAACAACUGUUUGAAGUAUUGGAAAAAUGGCAUAAGUGUUUUUCUACUAAUUUAUCAACGAUCGGUCGUUCAAAUUCCACCGAAAUGGAAAUCCAUGUUACAACCAGCAAACCAAUCAGUCGACAGCCUUACAAGGUUCCGUUCCCGAAGCGAUUGAAAGUGGAAGAAAUGAUCGACGAGCUACUGAAAGCUGGAAUAAUUCGACCGAGCGAGUCGGAAUAUUCAUCUCCGGUCAUACUGGUCGCGAAAUCAGAUGGUACAGACCGACUUUGUAUCGAUUAUCGAGCAUUAAACGCGAUUACAGUGAAGGAACCAUUCCCAGUUCCCAGUGUGGAAGAGCAAGUGGCACAAUUGGCCGGAAAUUCCUUCUUUACUACGCUGGAUUUCAUUUCAGGAUAUUACCAAAUCCCGAUUGCCGAAUAUGGAUUCAACAGAAAUCCGAAAAAUCACAUCGAGAAUGAAACGAGUAGUAUCUUAUGUUGA